AUGGAUCUCGACAGCAUAACCGCCGCAAACCAGCGCAACUCACCUCUCCUGCGCCUUCCAGCUGAGCUCCGAAACAAAAUCUAUCGCUACGCGUUCGAAUCCAAUGAAGUAUGUCUUACUGCGCGCGGCUUCUAUCAUCGCUACUUCAGAACGUUGAGGAUUCAUCCCAUGAGCUUAGCGCAAAGUUGCACGCAGUGCCGCUACGAAGCUCUUCCAUACUUUUGGUCAAGCACGACCUUUAAUCUGGGGUUUCUUGGUGUCGAUGGUUUCGCAUGGCAUGUACCCCAUGAUUUGCGCCAUCAGAUCAAAGUCAUCAACGUCCCAGUGGGGCUGUUCCAAGAUCUUGUGCGCCGAGAGUCUAUUGUUGAACGGCCGUGUGCCAGGCUAGAGACAGUCAUUCUACCGAGUUACAUGGUUCAUCUCUACAGCCGUGACUACAUCGAAGAGAAGCUGAAAGUGAGUCUUGGGAAGGACCUUGAGAUCAUUUACGUCGACUGA